AUGUCCCGAAUGGUUCCCUAUUUAGUUACCCCUGAACCUAAGCGCAUAGCACGCUUCAUUGGAGGCCUGGCCCCGGAAAUAAAAGGAAACGUUAGAGCUUCCAGUCCUACCACUUAUAGGUCCGUGGUGGAUUUGUCCGUAUCCCUCACUCUUGAUGCAAUAAGGAAUAAAUCUGUUAAGACUUCUGAUGAGGGAAAGAGGAAAAGGGAAGAUGAGAGCUCACGUCGCUUCGACAAGAAGAAGAAGGGUAACUCUGAGCAUAAGAAGAGUUCUAGGUUUAAGAAGGACUCCCAGCAGUCAGGUGAGAAGCCUAAGUGUAAAACCUGCAAGAAACACCAUUUUGGGAAAUGCAGACUUGACUCGCAGUCGCAGCCUAAAGCUUGUGGGAUCUGCAAGUCAAAGGAUCAUAAAACUCUGGAAUGCAAGAACAUGAAAAAUGCAACCUGUUAUGGUUGCAAUGAGAAGGGGCACAUAAGGACCAACUGCCCGAAAAACCCAAAGAAGCCUGAAGAUGCCAAGAAGACAAAUGCUCGAGUUUUCCAGAUGAAUGCUCAGGAGGCAGUGCAGAAUGAUAAUGUUAUAACAGAUAAGUCCUUUGUAGACAAUAAAUUUUGUAAACUAUUAAAUCUUCCUGUUAAAACUCUAGACAUAAAAUAUGAGGUAGAAUUGGAAGAUGGAUUCGAUAUAGUUAUAGGCAUGGAUUGGUUAUCUCUUAACCAAGCUCAAAUUGCAUGUGAUAAGAAGCAAGUUGUUAUUAAAACUCGUUAUGGUGAAUCACUUACAAUUCAAGGAGAUACACAGUAUGGAUUGCCUGACCAAGUAGCUAUGCUUAAGGCAUCUAAGUGUUUGAAGAAAGGUUGUGUCAUUUACAUGGCACAGGUGACCACAGAUGAGCCAAAGCCCAAGAUCGAAGAUAUCCCUGUUAUUUCUGAUUACUCAGACGUUUUUCCUAAAGAGCUACCUGGUUUACCUCCCGACAGACAAGUGGAAUUUAGGAUUGACAUUAUACCUGGGGUAGCACCAGUCGCCCGAGCUCCUUAUCGGUUGGCACCGACUGAAAUGAAAGAAUUAAGGGCCCAGUUGGAUGAUUUAUUGGAGAAGGGUUUUAUUCAACCUAGCUCGUCCCCUUGGGGUGAUUUGUAUAAGGUUAUCAUGGCUGCGUUUUUCUGA